AUGGCAGAAGCACAACAGCGCGCUCAAGUCCUAACGGAUGAAUACCAGAAGCUCCAAGCUGAGCUCCAAACCAUCGUCUCCGCGCGCCAAAAGCUCGAGAGCCAGCAGCAAGAGAACAAGGGCGUGAAGCGGGAAUUCGACUCCCUCGCCGAGGAAGCGAAUAUCUAUAAACUCGUUGGACCGGUGCUGUUGAAGCAGGAGAAGACGGAGGCGGUUAUGGCUGUGGACGGACGGUUGGAGUUUAUUGAUAAUGAGAUAAAACGCACCGAAAAGCAAAUCGCAGAUAUCCAAGCCUCCAGCGACGCAAAGCGGUCUGAAAUAAUCAACCUCCAACAAUCCCAAGCCCCCCAACAAACCGCCUGA